CCUCUUCGACAGGUUACUCAACGCCUCCUUUGCGGAUCUUCAAUGUUCCAAAGCGUCGUCUCUUGGACCCAGGUCAACUGAGGGAGAAAUUAUUACGAGCGGACUCCCGACGUUGAAUAAUUUCUCCAGUUCAGUUGUUGAGGAUUGUUGAAGAGCAAUGGCUGCGGCUACAUGCGCAUUCCUUUUUCUCGUCAUCCAAGCGUCUGUCUCCUCCGCCUCUCACGGUCGCCCAAGGAACGUGGUCGAAGUGGAGGGCGGGCCGAACGACGUCGUUUGGGUUGUCCAGCUCUCUGAUCUCCACUUCAGCGUUUUCCACCCAGAGAGGGCACUUGAUUUCAAAAGGCUUAUUGGCCCCGCCCUCUCCAUGAUCAACCCCUCCCUCGUCCUCAUCACUGGCGACCUCACGGCAAUGCAGAGCCAUCGUGAAGGCAUAUGACAUGAAUCCAUUCCUUCACUCCCCUAUUUAUUGCUUCUGGAUACCACUGUUGUUGGCCUACACAAUUUACAGGACAUCCACCUGUUAAAUAAGCUUCAUUUACAGUUU